AUGGAAUGGGUUUGGUGGACCAGCAAUUCGGUGAACAUCAUCGUGAACUUUAUUGGAACCGUAGGCAACUCCGUUUUAAUAUAUAUGAUACUGAAAAAGACUCCGGCACCUAUGAUCUCCUAUUCUGUUCUCCUUUUCAACAAUGCAAUCUGCGAUCUGCUGAUCUGUAUUACUACCGUGUUGGCACUCCAAAGGAAAUCAGUUGAUGAGCAGUACUAUAAUACUUACAAAUUCAAACGAAUAGCAGCACUAGCGUUGCUGCACAAGAAGUUCAAGAUGCUCCCAGGAUUCUAA